AUGUCGAUUCAAAGGAUCGAUAUUAAGAUUGGUAACGCAGGUGAAAGCUACAUUUACAUUGACCCCAGAGUCGGGCACGAAAUAAGAUCUGCAAUUGUCCGCUCCACCGCGCCAAAUCUCUUGCAUGACUAUGAACCCAUUCACUUCAAUUUAAUCACGAAUCCUUCCACUUUUCACAUCGUAAGUAUAGUCAAAAACUUACUAUUCCUUCGAGUCGGUAUUCCUCAGAACCUUGGCCACUCUUCGAACGGUGUUAGUCCUGCAACACUUUGGCUCUCCGGGCAUAUGUACCCGAUUACCUUGAACGGAUCACCAGACGAGGCAUUUGAAAGAAUGUCCACCGAGACAGGGGCCAAGCUGAAGGGUGCGCUGGAUAAGUUGAAGGAUAACUGA